CAGGCGACGGGCGGUUGGAACAGUCAGCGGCUUGGUUGCAGGAAAAUGGCAGACAAGCCGGACAUGGGGGAAAUCGCCAGCUUUGAUAAGGCCAAGCUGAAGAAAACCGAGCCGCAGGAAAAGAGCACCCUGCCAACCAAAGAGACCAUUGAACAGGAAAAGAGGAGGAUUUCCCCACCCCACCUCGUCAUCUCCAUGACCCCCUCGUGA